AUGCAAGCCAUAGUUUUGCUUUUGAUGACAUUAAUGAGCACGUUUGUUCAAGGCCUUCGUAUUGAUAAUAGUAAUAAUGUGUUGGAGUAUGAUGAGCCAGCUUUUCAAGUGCUACCGUUCCCAUUACCUUAUAACGAGUAUGAACCCACACGACGUGAAGAACACAUCCAGAAAAAAGAUCUCCUAGAACCAGUUGCCAAUGAUUUGAGUAUUGUUCCUGCUAUUUCUAACGUUCUCCGGCUCUUCAAAGGUGGCCUCAAUUUCUUACUGUCAAACAUACCCGUGGUGUUAUUUGGGACAGUUGCAGCAUUUGGAGCUUGUGCGCUGACUCCAAUGUGCAAUACGCGAAUUUUGGAUAUGCUACCGACGGCAGAUGAUCUUCAGAACAUAUACAGGAACCCAGAAAGAUUGACUAGAGCUGCUGAGUUCGUGGAAACUGCUAUAAGAAAAUUUCAGGCUUUUAACAAAUAA